GUGUCCGCCUAUAUGUAUAUAUAUAUAUAGUUUCAGGAGCCUCAUUGCUUCAGACCCAGAAAAGCUCCUUCACAGAGUUUUUUUUUAAAGAAGAAUCUUCUUCCCCGAAUUCCCUCAUUUCUCCAAAAGGUUUCAUUUUUCCAAAAAGGGAGGAAAAACACACACAUGGGUUCGAGACUGAGAGAUAAAGGAUGGAUACUUCUGGUGAUUCUUUGUUGUUCGUCGAUUUCUUCGGUAAAAGGCGCAGUGUCAUACGAUCACAAGGCUGUGAUCAUCAAUGGGCAGCGAAGGAUCCUUCUUUCUGGGUCCAUUCACUACCCAAGAAGCACUCCUGAGAUGUGGUCCGACCUUAUACAAAAGGCGAAAGAUGGAGGCUUGGACGUGAUACAGACUUAUGUCUUUUGGAACGGACAUGAGCCUUCUCCCGGAAACUAUUAUUUCGAGGACAGGUAUGAUCUGGUGAGGUUCAUAAGGGUGGUGCAAAAAGCCGGUCUCUAUGUUCAUCUCAGGAUCGGCCCUUAUGUCUGCGCUGAGUGGAAUUUUGGGGGGUUCCCCGUUUGGCUCAAAUAUGUGCCUGGAAUUGCCUUCAGGACUAAUAAUGGACCCUUCAAGGCCGCCAUGCAAAAAUUCACUCAGAAGAUUGUGGGAAUGAUGAAAGCAGAGAAGCUGUUUGAGACACAAGGAGGGCCCAUCAUUCUCUCGCAGAUAGAGAAUGAGUAUGGACCAGUGGAAUGGGAGAUAGGAGCACCAGGCAAAGCAUACACAAAAUGGGCAGCUGAAAUGGCCGUGGGACUCUCCACUGGUGUCCCCUGGAUUAUGUGCAAGCAAGAAGAUGCCCCUGGCCCUAUUAUAGACACAUGCAACGGUUUCUACUGCGAGAAUUUCAAGCCGAAUUCAGACAACAAGCCCAAGAUGUGGACAGAGAACUGGACUGGUUGGUUCACGGAGUUUGGCGCUGCGGUUCCGUACAGACCAGUAGAAGACAUUGCAUUCUCUGUGGCACGCUUCAUACAAAACGGCGGCUCCUUCGUCAAUUACUACAUGUACCAUGGAGGGACGAACUUUGACAGGACAGCCGGUGAAUUCGUCGCAACGAGCUAUGACUACGAUGCUCCUCUUGAUGAAUAUGGUUUACCAAGAGAACCGAAAUGGAGCCAUUUGAGAGAGUUGCAUAAGGUCAUCAAGUUAUGUGAGCCGGCUUUGGUUUCCGUUGAUCCCACCGUCACAUGGCUCGGAGCCAAGCAAGAAGCUCAUGUGUUCAAGUCCAAGUCCUCAUGUGCUGCCUUUCUCUCGAAUUACGACCCGGAUUCUGCGGUGAGAGUCACGUUCUGGGGACUUCCGUAUGAUUUGCCUCCAUGGUCUGUCAGCAUUCUACCUGAUUGCAAAACGGUGUAUCACAACACUGCCAAGGUUUAUGCCAAGGGUGUACACAUGAAUAUGAUCCCAACUGGUGUCCAUUUCUCAUGGGAAUCAUACAACGAGGAAACCCUUUCUGGGAAUGAUGACGGUACUUUUACACUGAAUGGGCUCGUGGAACAGAUAAGCAUGACCAGAGACAAGACUGACUAUCUCUGGUACUUCACAGACAUCACAAUCGGUCAUGAUGAGAAGUUCUUGAAGACCGGUGACAACCCUCUUCUGACCAUUUGGUCCGCUGGCCAUGCACUCCAUGUCUUUGUCAAUGGACAACUAGCAGGGACUGUAUAUGGAAGCUUAGACAACCCGAAACUAACCUUUAGCCAGAAGAUCAAGUUAUAUGCAGGAGUGAAUAAGCUUGCUCUGUUGAGCGUCGCAGUGGGUCUCGCGAACGUCGGGGUGCAUUUUGAGACAUGGAAUGUUGGGGUUCUUGGUCCGGUCUCCUUGAAGGGAAUGAAUUCCGGAACAUGGGACAUGUCCAAAUGGAAAUGGUCCUAUAAGAUUGGUCUGAAAGGAGAAGCUCUGAGUCUUCAUACUGUCACGGGAGAUUCCUCCCUGAAAUGGGUAGCAGGGUCGCUAGUGGCGAAAAAGCAACCUUUGACCUGGUACAAGGCUACUUUCAACACACCAGCAGGCAAUGAACCAUUGGCUCUGGACAUGAACACUAUGGGGAAAGGCCAAAUUUGGAUAAAUGGCCGAAACAUUGGACGCCAUUGGCCUGGGUACACAGCUCGUGGGAACUGCGGCCGUUGCAGCUAUACUGGAACUUUCACUGAGAAGAAAUGUCUGAGUAACUGUGGAGAAGCUUCUCAAAGAUGGUACCAUGUGCCUCGUUCGUGGCUGGAGCCAUCUGGGAACCGCCUGGUGGUGCUUGAGGAGUGGGGAGGUGACCCUUAUGGGAUCACUCUAGUGAGAAGAACAAACGCAUGAAGCUUCUGGCUUGGCUUUUCCAUGACAGAAGCUGUUUCCUUGUUUCUGGCUCUGCUUUUAAGAUGGGGCAAAAGCUGGAAAUUGUGAAUUUGUGCAGUUGGUACAAGAAGACAACUUACAAAUACCGGAGAUGAUUGGCUAAUAUGAAUGAAUAGCAUUUGUAUUCUGUCUAAUAAUGCACUGCAAAUGUACACAGUAUAAGAGAAUAAAGAUUACUUUUAUUAAUA